GUGUGGUUAACGAGCAGCCCGGUGAAUACACACAAACAAGAGGAAUCACACAGAGCGCUGGGAAACUUUAGGAGCAGAUGUAGAGACUUGAACCAAGAACCAAGUACAGAAGGGUUGUGCGCUGGAGAGCUCAAGUUAACCUUGCAGAGCAUUUUAUUCAUUCAAGUCAAUACAUAUAUAUAUAAAUGAUAUAUAUUUAUUAGCGAGAAAGAGAGUGACUUCUUGAUAAGUCACACAGAAAGCUUGUUUUAGUCUCUUUUAGUGUUUUUUUUCUUCUUCCUGGAAUGACCAGUAAAAGCUGAAAGCUAAAAAAAAAAAGUGCCACUUUGUUGUUAGUGUCCAAGAUUCUGCAGCAUGUUGCGCUUUUUGUGCCUCUGGGUUUUCAUGAUCUGGUCGCUCGAGCCGAGCGCGAGUCAAGUGCAAGAGGACGUGGACGUGCUCGUGCUCCUGCCUCGCAACAACUCGUACAUGUUCUCGAUCGACAGGGUCGCGCCGGCGAUCGAGUACGCGCGGCGGCACCUGGCGCGCGGGCCCCUGGCCGGGCUCAAUUUCAGCGUGCGCUACGUGAGCUCCGCGUGCGGCGAGGACGCGCUGUACGCGCUCGUGGACCGCGCGGCGCACGAGCGCCCCGACCUGAUCCUCGGCCCCGUGUGCGAGUACGCCGCCGCCGCCGUCGUGCGCGUCGCGUCGCACUGGCGGAUCCCCGUCGUCUCGGCAGGUGCCCUGGCGUACGCCUUCGGCGACAAGGGCUCCGAGUACGCGCUGCUCACGCGCAUCGCGCCGAGCUACCUCAAGAUGGCCGAGACGUUCGCCACGAUGUCGCAGCGCUUCGGCUGGAAGAGCGUCCACCUGAUCUACGCCGACGACAAGGAGGAACGCAACUGCUACUUCACCGUCGAGGGGGUCCACGUGCUCCUGGAGGGCCAUCACGACAUCACCGUCUCCAUGAUGGACUCCAAAGACCCGCUCGCGUACGUGGACGACAUCGUCAAGUCCAUAUACGAGCAUGAAGUGAUAAUCAUGUGCACGCAUACAGAUGUGGUCCGGGAGAUCAUGCUGAUGGCCCACAGACAGAGACUGACCACCAGUAACAGGCUCUUCUUCAACAUUGAGCUAUUCAACUCCACCCUCUAUGGCGACGGAUCUUGGAGAAGAGGCGACAAAUAUGACAGCGAGGCUAGGGCUGCCUACGCAUCUCUGAACACACUGACACUACUGAGGUCAACCAAGCCCGAGUUUGUGAAUUUCUCCCAGGAAAUGAAAAAGUCUUUCCAGACGACGGGGAUCGAUGUUUGCGAAAGCUGCAAUAAUAUCAACAUGUUUAUGGAGGGUUUCCAUGACGCUUUAAUACUGUAUGCACUUGCCUUAAACGAGACGAUCCAUAGCGGUUACAGUAAGAAGAACGGAACAGAAAUCACACGCCGAAUGUGGAACAAAACGUUUGAAGGGAUUGCUGGCCAGGUGUCAAUAGAUGCCAAUGGUGACAGAAACGGAGAUUUCUCGGUUAUAAGCAUGACAAACCAUGAAGCUGGAACCUAUGAGACUCUAAUGAACUACUACGGCACUAAUGAAAGUUUCCAGCUCCUACCUGGCUUCAACAGUGAACGGUUUAUUCUGAAAGUUGAACCAGGGCCCGACCCAUCAUCAGGUGGACUCGGCUUAUCAGCAGUGACUGGAAUUAUAGUCGGCGGACUUCUCGGCAUGGCAUUACUUAUGGCAUUCUACUUUUUUAGAAAGAAUUACAGGAUAACCAUUGAAAGGAGGGCACGGCGGGAGCAGUGCGACGGAAAACAUCGUCAGUUACGAGAGGACUCCAUCAGAUCCAACUUCUCAGCAGCAUAGGUUCUGCCACGUAAUCAGACAAAUGGAAGUGCUGGGGAAGGUGUGUAUCUGAUAUGUCCAAAGACUCAAUAAAACACCACCCCUGGAUUCCUGAGAUAUUUCGACAUACUGUAGUGUUUUGUUUUGGUUUUUUUUGGUUUUUUUUUUUUCUUGUAAAUGUCUCUUGUUUUUGACUUUUGUAAACUCAGGAAAGUUGAAUUAAUUAAGGAGAGCUGCUCAUAAGGCUUCAUGGAAAAAAAAAAGGGUUGGUCUGUUUUUGCUUAGCUACAGACUCUGUGCCUUUUAAGCAAGCUUGCUUUGAUGAGGAAUCGGUCCCCUUUUUCAGCAAGUCAACUGAAAUCUUUGGUUGAUGUAGACUGGCAGUGAGGAAUUAGGGGUAUCUCAGUGGUUCAGAUGAAAGGGAAGGAAGUAAUGGUUGGUAAAAACGGACUGUUCUUUUAUUUAUGCCUCAUUAAAAAUAAAGGUGAGGGUUGAAAAUUUUCGCUUUUUCCUCCCUCACGGUUUGAGGAAGUGUUUGACCGGAACACUGAUCAACACGAUAAUUAUUUGAGUUGAGACGGGAAGAUCAUGUAUAGUAUGGUUAUAUAAUUUGUAAACCCAAAAGUAGCACAUUUUACACAUUGUAAAAUUUGCUGAUAAAAAAAAAAAUCUCAACAGUCAGGUCGUUCAAAUAAAAGGUAAAUAAAAGAUUUUGUCAUCACAAUCUUUUCUGGAAAAAAAAAAGCUAUGUUUGGAGAAAUUAUAUUGCACAUGUAAAUGAUUAAAAUAAAACAACUUCGUAUCUGUAUCUAAAUUCCUUAUGUCAGGAAAUGUUAAUUAGUACACUAUCAGAUUUAUAUAAAAUAUACCUUUUAUUUCAUCGUGUCAAAUACUAUGUGUUAAAGUAUGAGGUGCACACUCUUCAAAAUCUGUGCAAAUGCAUAUCCUAGGAUUUUAUUCAAGAUUAAUGUAAUGGCAACUGUGUACUGAUGUAAGUAAAUGGAUCAACAUAAGAUUGUGAUUGUGAUGUUAUUUAUUGAUUUUUGUAGAGGUUUUGAUUUCCUCAUUGUUGAUUUAAUAUUGUUUUUUUGGUUGUUUUUUUCCUUUUGUGGAGCUCAAAAAUUUUAAGAAUUUUGUAAAGAAAAAAAAAACCGUUUAUCUGCCUUUUCAGAGCACAUUUUGCUUGAUAACUGUGUACAUGGCUUUGUAAACAAACCUAGUCAGAACUGUAACUUAUUUAUAUUACCAGUACAUACUGACCAAUAAAGAAAAUUAUUUUAA